UUUGGAAAACACAAACCUAAAGUGACUAGCAAGGACAAGGCUAUUCUUGAACUCAAAGUCCAGCGGGAUAAAUUAAAACAAUAUGAGAAAAAGCUACAAACAGUUUUGGAUAGAGAACUUCAAGUUGCCAAGGAACAGCUUCGUCUCAAGAACCAUCAUGCAGCUCGUCUUGCUCUUUCAAAGAAAAAGUACCAGCAAUCCCUCUUGGAGAAAGUAUCUACUCAACUCCUGACUCUCGAACAACUCACUCAAUCGAUCGAGUUUGCUCUUGUAGAGAAACAAGUCGUUGAAGGUUUAAAGCAGGGAACACAGGUUCUGAGCGACCUCAACAAGGAAAUGCAACUAGAAGAUGUCGAGAAACUAAUGGAUGAUUCAGCAGAUGCGGUUGCAUAUCAAAACCAAGUGGGUGAAAUGCUAAGCCAAGUGUUUAGCGAAGAGGACGAAGCUGAUGUUAUGGCUGAGCUGGAUCAAUUG